AUGGCUGCUCUAAACCCAAGCGAGACAAAGGAUGGAUCUUCAAGCGAGCCCCAACUGACGGAGGCUAUGGACUCUUGUUUCCCGAGGAAGCGCAAGGCCGAAGCCACCAACGCGGAGGAUCCCGAAGAAAGCGAAGGCGACGGAGAAGAUAGUGAUUCAGGUUGGGAUAAGGAUAGCUUCGAUGGCCUGGUAUUCGAUCCCUCUGAUUAUCGUAUGCAUUCGUCCGACUCGGACGAGGAGUUUUAUCAAAAAGCCUUGAAUCUUCAACAAGCGUCCAUCGAAACCAAGGGUUUCUUUGAGCCAUCGCAAGAUUUCCCCCGUCAGCGUUGGAGUGGAAUAGUUUGCGUCCCAGAUGAUGAUAUUGAAAAAGAGAUUAAGAAAGGCAUUACCGGUCGUGAGUUCAUGGGAAACAUGGCAUCUGAGUGUGGCAAGAGCUUGAUAUUCGACCAUUUCCUGAGGGCCAAUUUCAACCCGGGAAGUACUACCAGGUACUACAUCACGUUUGCUGCAAGAGAGUCUGACUCUCCUGAUGCUCCGUUAGUGGAGUAUCAAGCUAAGGCCGCACGCUGUGCAGGCAAGACUUAUCCCAUCCUUUGCAGACCCGCUCCUCCACCAAAUAAGGGUAACUUUACUCCCAAGAAAGCCUUGACAUAG